CUCACCUAUUCCUUCUUCGUUCCUUCCUCCUCCUCUAUCUCCCUCCCCCCCCCGAUCUCCAUCAGGCCCGAAGUCUCCUUCCCUUCUAAAGCCCCCGAUCACCGGCGAGACUCCGGCCAAACUCUUCAGAAUUCCUGCGCUUUCUGUUUUGUUUUUCAGGUUCCCUCUUUCUCCCGGCAAUGGAAACCCCAUCAUCCACGAGAAGGAUCACAAGAUCUCAGGCCUCUGCUGCCUCUCAGAAGAAAAAGGAAGAAGAUGCCCUUUCAAGAUCAAGAAACGGUGAGCGUCCGGCGCUGCUUGAUAUCACGAACGAUUCUCCUAUCGUAGGACUUGCAACGGGAAGCCUGGUCGAGAAGACUCCUUCGUCUUCGGCGGUCAAGAACCGCGUUCGAGCCAAACGGACUCCUGGAUCAGGCGAGGCGUUGCUCAGGGGCCAGGUGAAGACGCUCCUGCAGAAGGUGGAGGAAGAAGCUGUGCUUGUCAAUAAGCUUCCUUCGGGGCAUUCGACAUUCCUCUUAGGCCUUCCGAAUUCACCAGCGCUGCUUCUUGCUCCCACGCCAGCCAACACACCUUACAUCCCUAACAUGUCAGCGUUGGAAGAAGGUGCUCUGAUCGAUGCUAAGAUGCCUUGUGUUACUGAAGAUAUUACAAAUCCUCAGCAGGCUGCUGCAUCUCUGAAACAAGACAAAUCUCUCCAUGCUCAAGAAUGUCUGAUAAACCGAGCACUGCUAUUUGAUGACUCUCCUGGGAAAUCAGAAAUGUCUUCUGAUGCCUCAACAAUCUCUUCAUCUCUGACUUACCAAGGGAGUGAAAGCGGCUACGUAGAGAAAUCCCCUGAAGAUGACAACUCCUCUAUCUGGUCCCUUCAAGUCAAUGCAAGUAUCCAAGAGGAUGAUGAAGAUGUUGCUGAAGAUGUAGAAGAAUUCUAUCAUGAGGAAGCUGAAGAUGAAGUGGACGAAGAAGAAGAUGAGCUUUUGAACGAUUUGUGUGCAGGUCUGAGCAAGAUGUCGGUACAGGAUAAGGUGGGAUUGCCCGAGUUCACCGGGAAGCGCACGCGUUUCAUCUACAACAGCGAUGACGAGAUUGUAGGUGAAGAGGUAGUUGCUCAUGAGAAGAAGGCUGUUUCACCAAACGCGUUGGUAUUGAAGGGACUGCCCGCACCUGAGGGGAAGCACCUGCGCUUCCCAGAGGAAGAAGAAGAUGAAGUUUGAAAAGACCCAUGGCGGCUGCUGCUGGAAAUUGAUAUCUUGGAGUUGUUAGUGUGUUCGUCUUUCCCUGACACCAUUUGAUGACUACCUAUCUUUUUGUUUUAUUGCUUACUGUUUCAUAUUCCAAUUUCAUUUUUAUUUUUAGUAUUCAUUUUUCAUCAAAAACUGGUGCGAAACAAAUGCAAUUCAUCUGUUCUAAUAAAGGAGCAUUUUGACUUGACGGUUCA